AUGGCGCCUCGAACCACCAUCCCCAUCAACGAGGGUUGGCAGUUUGGACGAACAGAUGUAGAGGAAGCUUCGUUUCUGCCCGUUUCCCAAUUUCCUACAAAUGUCCAUCUCGACCUCUUGCAUCACAAAUUCAUUCCCGAUCCGUUCAUUGGAAAAAAUGAACUGGAUGUGCAAUGGGUGGGAGAGGUGAGGGCCUGGCAGUAUCGCACCUCGUUCAAGACUCCCAAGAUAGGCAGCAGUGAAAAAGCCAUCCUCGCCUUUGAUGGAUUGGAUACCUUUGCUGAGGUGCUCCUCAACGACAAGAAGAUUCUCGAAACUGACAACAUGUUUAUCCCUGAGCGGGUGGAUGUCACUGCGCUUCUCAACGAGACGGACAACCAGCUCGUCAUCACCUUUGAUAGUGCGUAUUUGAGAGGAUGGGAGAGAGUUGAAAAGAUUCCUAGUCACAAAUGGGGUACCUGGAAUGGAGAUUACUCCAGGCUGGGAGUUCGGAAAGCGCAGUAUCACUGGGGCUGGGAUUGGGGUCCAACGCUGUUGACGUGCGGCCCAUGGAAGCCCAUCAACCUCGAGAUAUACGAAUCCCGUGUUGCUGAUUUAUAUGCAACCGUCACUGUGGAUGAUUCUCUCGUCAGCGCCAAGGUUGUCCUCCACGCAGCAACUGAGGGAAAGGCAUCCAAGGUGCGGUUUGACUUUUCACACAACGACACCGUUCUGAGCGAGACUGUGAAUGUCACAAAAGAAGGGGCUGCUGAGGCUACCUUCAACAUUAGCAACCCAGAGCUGUGGUAUCCCGUCAGAUAUGGAAAGCAGCCGCUGUACAAGGCCACGGCGACGCUGCUGGAUGGUGAUGGUGAGGUGGACGUUGCAUCGAAGAGAAUAGGCCUUCGAAAGGUGGAACUGGUCCAGAAGCCACUCAAAGAUCAGCCGGGAACAUCCUUCUUUUUCAAAGUGAACAACACUCCGAUAUUCUGCGGAGGCAGCUGCUGGAUUCCGGCUGACAACUUCACUCCACGAAUCACCAAAGAAAAAUACCAGAACUGGAUCAAGCUCAUGGUCGAGGGCAACCAAUCCAUGAUCCGUAUCUGGGGCGGUGGCAUUUACGAAGAUGAGGAUCUGCUUGAUGCUUGUGACGAACAAGGUAUCCUGGUCUGGGUCGACUUUCUGUUUGCCUGCGGAAACUAUCCCUGCAACCCAGAGAUGUUGCAAUCUAUCGAAAGGGAAGCUAGAGAGAAUGUCAAGAUCAUGCGACACCACCCUAGUAUUGUCAUUUACGCUGGCAAUAACGAAGAUUACCAGUUUCAGGAGAGUGAGGGACUCACUUACAAGUUCGAAGACAAGGAUCCUCAAAGCUGGCUCAAGUCAGAUUUCCCGGCCCGCUACAUCUACGAGCAUGUUCUCUCGGAGGUGUGCAAGGACUUGGUACCAGAGACGUUCUAUCACUAUGGAAGCCCUUGGGGCGGCAAGACAUCUUCGGAUCCUACUGUAGGAGACAUUCAUCAAUGGAACGUGUGGCAUGGCACCCAAGCAAGAUAUCAAGAUUUCGACAAGCUGGGGGGAAGGUUUGUCUCUGAGUUUGGCAUGGAGGCUUUCCCAUCUAUCCGAACCAUUGAUGCCCUCUUGCCCAAGGGUAAAGACGACCCCGAUCGACACCCACAGUCGGACAUUGUGGAUUUCCACAACAAGGCAGAUGGCCAUGAGCGCCGUAUUGCCCUUUACCUCGCAGAGAACAUUACGUUUACGACAAGCCCACUGGAGCAGUAUGUCUACUCUACCCAGUUGGUUCAAGCAGAGUGCUUGUCAUCAGCAUUCCGGCUCUGGCGUCGUGAGUGGAAAGGCCUAGGGCGCGAGUACACCAGCGGAGCUCUCUUGUGGCAGCUCAACGACUGCUGGCCCGUAACUUCUUGGGCCAUCGUUGAUUACUAUCUGCGACCGAAGCUCGCCUACUACACCGUGAAGAGAGAGCUAAAUCCUUUCACGGUGGGAAUUAAGCGAGUUGAGCACCGCCAUCCCAAGAACAAGUACACAAGAGUCGAAAUUGACGUCAAUACUAAGCUUGAGAUUUGGGCUUCCAACUUUACGCUCGAUGAGAUCAAGAUUGACUGCGUUGUCAAGGCAUGGGAUGCGGAGACGGCCGAGCAAGUCUACAGCGAGACGAUUGCAUCGUCAAAACAGCUGCCCGGAAACCAAGCAACUGAGUUGACGAUCAUAGAAGUUCCAGUCAAGACUCCCAAUGCCGGCCUUGAGGGUCGCACUGUUGUUGCGGCAUAUGUGUACCAGGAUGGCAAAUUGCUCGCUCGAUAUGUCGACUGGCCGCAGCCACUGAAGCAUGUGCGCUUACAACAGCCUGAGAACUUGCAGGCGAAGCUCUCCGAAGACGGCAGUUUAGUCACACUGAGCUCAGACAAGCCAGUCAAGGGUGUUGCUCUGGAGAGCGAUGAUGAAGCGGUCAAGUUUGACGAUAACCUGAUUGACCUCGUUCCAGGGGAGGAGGUUACGGUGCGUGUGACGGGCGCUUCCAAGAGCACGGUGAUUUCUACAAGGUAUCUAGGAAUGCACAACUAG